AGAAUCCCAGAUAUCGGUCAGAUCAAAUCGACCCUCUUCGGCCCAACAGUUCUUGACGGCCCAAUCCUCGUUCCCUUGAGCGCCGAUGAACCCUAGUUCCUGUAAUCUCAUCUGUUCGAUCGCUCAUUACCCAGAUCAUUCAGUAACAAAUACCCAGUAAAGAUCCACUGCCCACCUUCAUGUUAAGCUUCUGUACUGGGAAAGCGAUGAUUACAAAAGUCAAAUAUGUCAUUCUCCGUACUAAUAUGAUUCACAGUCGCAGUCUACGGUCAUAUUUGUCGUCGACAGGGAGCGAUCGUGGAUUGUUGUUUUGGGGUAGGAAUUUUUGCAGCAAUAGGGCUCAACAGCUAGAUGGAGUGCCGAAGGAGAGAGUGGAUUGCGUUGUGAUAGGCGCUGGAGUGGUGGGAUUGGCGGUGGCUAGAGAGCUUGCCCACAAUCAUGGUCGACAAGUUUUAGUCGUUGAUUCUGCUCCAACUUUUGGUACAGGGACGAGUUCUCGUAACAGCGAAGUCAUCCAUGCUGGUAUCUAUUACCCUACUAAUUCUCUAAAGGCACUUUUUUGUGUUAAGGGAAGGAAAAUGCUUUAUAAUUACUGCAAGGAACAUGAUAUUCCACACAAACAAAUUGGUAAACUCAUAGUUGCCACAGGAUCUUCUGAAGUUCCAAAGCUAACUGCUUUACUAAACCUUGGGAUGGAAAAUGGAGUUGACUCUUUAAGAAUGAUGGAAGGUCAUGAAGCGAUGAGUAUUGAACCCGAACUGAAGUGUGUAAAGGCUUUACUAUCACCCGUGUCAGGAAUUGUCGAUACUCAUUCUUUCAUGUUGUCUCUAGUGGGGGAAGCUGAGAGCUGUGGAGCAACUUUUGCAUACAACACUAGCGUUAUUGGUGGUCAUUUAGAAGAUAAUCAAUUGUAUCUGCAUACAGUUGAGAGCAAGGUCCUUGAAGAUAGCUAUGGGAAGUUUCAGCUGCAGCAGCCAGAGCUUAUUCUAGUUCCCAAGCUUAUAAUAAACUCGGCAGGCUUAAGUGCUCAAGCCCUUGCAAAACGAUUCUUUGGAAUUGACAUUCGAGUCAUUCCAGCUUCAUUUAGUGCACGAGGUUGCUACUUCACUCUAUCAAACACUAAAAAUCCACCAUUUGAGCAUUUGAUCUAUCCUAUUCCUGAGGAUGGUGGGCUUGGAGUACAUGUUACCCUGGAUUUGAAUGGACAAGUAAAAUUUGGCCCAGAUGUUGCAUGGAUAGAUAAUAUUGAUGACGUCUCAAGUUUCUUAAAUAGGUUUGAUUACACGGUAAAUCCAAACCGCUCAAAUGUUUUUUACCCAGAGAUAAGAAAGUACUAUCCCAAUUUAAAAGAUGGAUCUUUGGAGCCUGGCUAUGCUGGCAUUCGACCAAAACUUUGUGGUCCUGGGCACAGUUUCACUGAUUUCCUAAUUCAGGGUGAGGACGAUCAUGGGGUGCUUGGGUUAGUGAACCUAUUUGGAAUCGAGUCGCCAGGUCUUACUUCAAGCUUGGCUAUCGCAGAAUAUGUUGCUGCCAAAUUCUCUAAAUGAGUAUGUAC